UUUAUAAAGAGCCACGCUGCGCGCACGCUCCUCGCUCCUCUUUCUGUUUUCAGCUUCACUUUGUGCAUCUCAGCUCCAAAAGCAACAUGCCCAGCAAGAGAAAGAAGAACAAGCGCCGCAUGCGCAGGGUGCAAGCCCAGAGGAGACUUCUGGAGGAGCAGUACGCAGCCUCUCCGCCAGUCAAAGCGAGCCCUGCCUUAGCUGUAGGCGCCCCGGGAACAGUUUCCAAAAAAACUGCUAAAAAAGCCAAGCCGGUUCCACAAAAAGCCCCUGAAGUGGUCACAAAAGUCACAGAAGUGGUCACAAAAGUCGCACCGGAAGCAGUUCCCGUUGCAGUUCCUAUUGUCGAGGCCCCUAAAGUUUUAUCAAAAGAAGAACCUGCCCAAGUCAAAGUCGAGGUACCAGUGGAACCAGAGCCGGCCCCAGUCGAAAUUGAGGCACCGGCUGAACCUGAACCUGAGCCGGAGGUCGUGGUCCUGCAGCAGACCCCAGUAGAAGUGGAAAUCCCUGCACCAAUCGUCAAAGAGGAACCUGAAGUCCUAAAGGAACCUAUCGUAGAAGCGCUACCGGAGGAAACGGCGAUGGCUGAAGUUGCUGUUGUUCCAGAGGAGGAGACAGUUGAAGAGAAAGAACCAAUUAUUCCAGAAACAGAAAUCGAGGUCAUAACAGCAGAAGUACCGGCGGCCGCUCCUGCUGAGAUACAGGUUGUUGACGAAGAAACUCCAGUUGUCACAGAAAUCGAACAGACGCAUGAUGUGUGUGAACCAGAGCCCCCAGUGGAGGCCCAGGUCACGACUUUCACUGAAGAAGAAAUCACUGUCACCGACGCCGCCACGGAAGAACCAAUCGCAGAACAAGCCACAGAAUCCCUGGAACCCGUCGAGGAAACAGAAGCGACAGAAGUGGUCACCGUAGAUGCUAAAGUCGAAGCUGAAAUUGAAGAAGACGCCGCUCAGAGUGACGAAGUUGACCAGUCUGUGGACAGCUGCUCCGUCGAGGUUGUGGUGGAUGAGAACAAAUCUGUUGAGCCUGAUAUAGUUGAACCCAAAACAACCGAAUUGGAAGAAGUUAUCAACGUGACUGAGCCAGAGGUUGAAGCAGAAGCUGAAGAAAUGUUGUCUGAAUCUGAAGAAAGUGAGGAAGAAGAAGACAAAGAGGAGCCAGUGGAGGCGCCAGUAGACGAACCCGUGUCAGACGAACCCGUGUCAGACGAACCCGUAUCUGCCGAGCCCGAAUUAGCCAAACCGGAACCCGCAGUGGAGGUGGCUGAGGUUGAGGUCAUCACACAAGCGGAGUGUGUGGAGAGUGGACCUGUGUCUGACGAAGAGGAAGAAGACGAGAGUUAUUCAUCCGAAGAAGACGAAGACGAGUGUGAGAUGGAGGUGUUGCCUGAAGAAACCCCCGCCGAGACUAACCAGAUCACACAGGAUGCACCUAUUCCAAAUGGGGGACUCUCCAUGGAACCUGAUGCUCUUCCUCUGCCUCCACUUACCGCCGCUCCAGAGCCUGUUACUCAGAUAGAAGAGGCUCCAGUGGACACAGCUGACGUGAUGGUGGACGAUUUUGUUGUCACAGACACUUCUGCUGAGGUUAUCGAACCCACAACCAUUGAACUGGUCCCCGUUUUUGAGAAGCCGACAGUGGCCGUGUGUGAGAUCUUUGGUCUUGGUCCUGCAAAAACAGUCCCUGAGCCAGAGCUGGACACAUCCACAGAGGAAGUGCUCACUGACGACGCUGCAGACAGUCUAGAGACAUGUCCGAUCGACACCAAUACUUCAGUUAACAUGUUCGUGGAAACAGAGUGGAUAAAACAGACUCCAGAGGUUUCAAGUCUUGAAAUUUAGAUCCAUUUGGACACAUUUUGUUUUUAUUCCCCUCAGUAAUUUUGGAGGACUUUAGAGGUUUGGCACGGAUCGACCUACUGAAUUUUGUAUUUUGAUUUUGUUGGGAUGGUCAGGAUAUUGCAUGUCCCUCCACACUUUGAAGUGCCUUUCUCACCCUGGUUCCUGUCGGAUUCCAGAGCAGAUGUCAACCUGUGAGAAGAAUCACGUCUGAAACUCCCCGGAAUGUUCACGAAAAACCUGCACAACACAUUCAUAAAGAAAUAGGGGGUUUAUUAUUUCGUUAACACCUUACAAAUACACGUUUCCUGGUUAUCAACUAUUGAAAAAAGAAACUAUCUUUUGAAAAACACAUGGAAUCUAUCUCAAAGUAUUAUCAUUCACCAUUCAAGUUUUCCUUAAGGAUUCAUUAAUGAAGGAAGAUGCUUUCUGACGUUCAUUUCAACACCAUUUUCUCUCAUUUUUCAGUUCUUCCUCAAGUUCUUUAGAAUAAGAACCAUUUGUGUAAAGCUAGAUUUCUACAAGUUUAGGAUUACUAGCCACCGCUGCUGGAGAGUAAUGUUUUUUUAAGCAUGAACUCGAUUUUUCUUAUUCGAUUUGUAUGGACCAAGGAGGCGAAAUGGUUCUGUGUUUUUUUGUUAAUUGCUGAGCUUUAAACGUCUUUCUUUUUUUUUUUUUUUAAGAAUCACCGAGGUUGACAUAUUCUUUAAAGUUUAUAGCCUUUGGAAUAAACCUUAAAUUUUUGUGGUAUUGAGUACAAAAUGUUUCCUUAAGAUACACAUUGUUUACAUGUAUACAAUCAGAUGUAUACAGUUCAGAUUCUGCAAUAAAAGUGAUCAAAAGUUG